CGAAUGAAAAGAAAAUUCAAGAAGCCAAAAUUCCAAAAACUAUCCGGCUCGAAUGACUUUAAUCUAUUAAUAUUCACGCAACAUUGGCCUGAGACAGUUUGUUUCACAUGGCAAGAGACUGUCAGCAACCAUACAUGCAAUUUACCCCGCGAUGAAGAGUGGACCAUCCACGGAAUCUGGCCCACACAGUACCACAAAGAGGGUCCGUCUUAUUGCAACAAAUCAAUGCAGUUUGAUUCGGCUAAAUUAUCGCCGAUUGAAGACGAACUGGAGGUAAAGUGGAUUGAUGUAGAAAAUGGGACCAAGCCCUUCUCAUUUUGGAAACACGAGUGGGAAAAGCACGGGACUUGUGCUAUGGUACUUCCCGAAGUCAGCGACGAGUACAAGUACUUCAAAAAAGGCCUUGAAUUGUUGGAUCAGUAUGACAUGAAAGGUGUCCUGGCCAAAGCUAAUAUUUUUCCUGGAAAACAGUACAUGGUCCAAGAGAUUCUUGACGGAGUCAACAAUGUUUUGGGAAAACACUGUCAAAAAACUAAAGAGAGAUACCUGUUUGAAAUACGAAUUUGCUUCGACAAAUCAUUCAAGCUCACUGACUGUGAUAACAUCGCUAGUUAUCCAACUAAUUGCUCGAAGAAAAGAAAAGUUACCUAUCCAGGAACUGUGCCGAGUAGGAUUAGUCUAAUUCAAUUUUGA